AUGUGCUUCUCAAAAAUUCUAAUUCAGCUAAUCCACUGUGCCGCUGCAGUUAUACGAAGUUAUAUGAAUUACCCUUCUCCUGUUCCAAAUGAUGGCUGUAUCGCCCUGUUUGUAGAUGAAUUGCAUGAUUUGCGAAAAGUCGUGGUCCGCAUUUCGAAUCCCUGUAAGGUUUUCUUAUUUCCUCAGGUGAAAUGCACAUCGAACGAGAGAAUAGAGAUUGAUGACUGUGCUGACAUACUUUGUCCGGCUACUUUGAAAAAAAAUAAUGAAAUAAAAAAAUUAAAUUCUAUUUUUAAUACACUCAAUCGCUAUGCGAUCAUUACUUUUGGUAUGAUUCUACUGUCAGUUCGUUUGUUCCUAAAUUUCUUACUUGCUGCUGCAUUCUGCUACAUUCCUUCGCGCGCGGCGUCUCUCUCGCCGCGACACGACAAUUUCGUUACUACUGUACCACACCCACCCAGUUUUGAUGCGCCUUCUGACCCAUACACAACAAACGGUUAUAUCACAGUCACAGUAGUUUCUCCAUCGUAUCAUUUUUUUUUUUUUGAUGUUCGUCCAGUUUGUUGA